GGACACGUUCUCGUCACUCAUGGCAUAUAUGCCUUCUGUAGACAUCCCUCUUAUGUCGGAUGGUUUUACUGGUCGAUCGGUACUCAAGUGAGCCAUAGAUUCCCUGAUACUUAUGCCGAUAUAAUUCUAAUGAAUCCCAUUUGUUGUGUGGGAUAUGCGGUCAUGAGUUGGAUAUUCUUCAGAGACCGCAUAUAUCACGAAGAGAUUACUUUAUUGAACUUCUUUGGCGAUGAGUACCUUAAAUAUAAACAAAGGGUCGGAACAGGUCUUCCAUUCAUAACCGGAUACCGAUUCCAACUUUAAUUGUAAUUUCAAAUAAGUUUUUGAAGAAUUUAUACAAAAAAGUCAAAACAUAUCAUUUGUCUCUCAUGUGUGUUCAUAAUACAAGACUAGUCAUUGUUUUACAUAAAUUUAUUACAAAUUGUGGAAAACUAUUAAAUUAAUGAAUUAAGUAUGAAAGCCCUUAACGUCCCUCAGGAUUGGUUGCACCUGAGAUCAAGAGGAAUAUGACGACCGGCACGAUAUACAUCCACUACAAGAC